AUAUUGCUUUUCAGGAUAAAAAAAAGAAAAAAGAAAAAAUAUGCAACUCCUGAGGUCAAUAGGAUUUUUCCAUGGAAAUAUUUUAUUAUUUUGUGUCACAACAGGUGCAGGAAUCUUUGUGUCUCCUAAAGGGGUAUUAAAAUACUCUUCACUGAACAUAGCUGUCUCCCUGAGUAUUUGGGCUGCUUGUGCUGUUCUGACUAUCAUCAGCGCUCUCAGUCUUGCAGAGCUGGGGACAACCUUCCCUAGAAGUGGAGCGCCUUACUAUUUCCUCAAAAGAUCUCUUGGAUCCUCUGUUGCUUUCCUCAGUCUUUGGAUCAAAUUUUUUAUGUAUCCCUUAGGAAUAGCUACGCAAAGCUUGAUAAUAUCUACCUAUAUAAUUCAGCCUUUCUAUACCAGGUGUCCAGCUCCAGAGCUACCAAAGAAAUGUCUAGCUUUGGCUAUUUUGUGGUCACUGGGACUUCUAAAUACUCGAGGGGUGCUAACAGUGGCUUGGUUUCAAACUAUCAGUGUUUUGAUGAAAAUCACUAUCCUCUGCUUCAUUUCCCUUACUGGGAUUGUACUGUUAGGGAUUGGGAAAAAGGAGAAUGUGGCCAAGUUUGAGAAUUCUUUCGACGCUGAACUUCCUGGUGCCUCACAGAUUGCAGAAGCCUUACUCCAAGGAUUGUUUGCAUAUUCUGGUACAUCAAUCCUGAUCAACAUAGCAGGAGAGAUAAAAAAUCCUGGUGAGAAUAUUCCCAAAGCUCUGAUUACCGUUCUUCCCAUGGUGGCUGUUGUUUACGUAUUGGUGAAUAUAUCCUACCUGGCAGUUUUGACCCCUCAGGAAAUCAUCUCUGCAGAUGCUGUUGCUGUCACCUGGAUGGAUAAAGUAAUCCCUUCCAUGCAAUGGGUCAUUUCUUUUGGGAUUUCAACUUCAAUAGUUAGCAACAUAUGUUGUACAGUGCUUUCAGCAUCGAGGCUGUUCUACACAGCAAGCCAAGAAGGACAACUGCCUUUGAUCUUCUCCAUGCUUAAUAACUACUUCAGUCCAACUGUUGCUAUCACCCAGAUAAUCAUCUUAGCUUCUUGUCUUAUUAUAGCCUCAGAUUUAAUCAAUUUAAUAAAAUAUUCAGGAUUAGCAACCUGGGUUUUAAGAGGGCUAUAUAUGAUAGGUUUACUUAAACUAAGGUACCAGGACCCCAAUCUACCCAGACCUUAUAAGGUGCGUUUGCCAUUUGUAUUUGGAUCCAUAGCUAUAUCUUUGUUUCUAAUUUUGACACCAAUGAUUCAUUCUCCUAAAGUAGAGUAUAUCUAUGGGUUUAUCUUUAUUUUCAGUGGACUUCUGGGUUACAGGCUUCAUGUUCACCUUAAUCAACGUUCUGUUUGUUUUGAUAAAAUCACUUGUUAUUUACAAUUAUUAUUUAAUGUUUCACCACCUGAAGACCAAGAUGAACGUAUUUCAACAGGAAAAAAACAUCUUGAAGAAAUCUUUUUGUAAAUAGGCAACCCUAAAUCUGUAAGUGGUUAAUGACUAAGCACAUUCAAUCUUUGCUUUAAAAUGUAUACACCCAGGGGCACCUGGGUGGCUCAGUUGGUUAAGCAUCUGACUCUCGAUUUUGUUUCAGAUCAUGAUCCCAUGGUUUGUGAGACUGAGCCCCAUGUCAUACUCUGUGCUGACAGCAUGGAGCCUGUUUUUCUCCCUCUCCCUUUCUCUCUGCCCCUCCCCUGCUCAUGCACGUGCAUGCACAUGAGCUCUCUCUCUUUCUCUCUCAAAAUAAAUAAAUAAACAUUAAAAAAAUAAAAAUUAUAUAUAUAUAUAUAUAUAUAUACCCUCAUAGAUACAAAACCUCCCCCUUCAUACCCAAUCCCCAACUACAUAUAUCAAAUCCCCGUCCAGCUACGUAUUCAAAUUCUUUAAAAAAAUUUUUUUUAAUGUUUAUUUAUUCUUGACAAAGAGACAGUGGGAGCGGGGGAGGGGCAGAGAGAGAGGGAGACACAGACUCUGAAGCAGGCUCCAGGCUCUAAGCUGUCAGCACAGAGACCAAUGUGGGACUUGAACCCACGAGCCCUGAGAUCAUGAUCUGAACCGAAGUUGGAUGCUCAACCGAAUGAGCCACCCAAGAGCCCUCAAAUUGUUUACAAUUCUAAUUCUUUUGCUUGUAAUUGAAGCCUUAGUUCCCUAGUGCCCAACAUGUUUUUCACCACUUUCCUCCAACAACCAUCAAACAAACAAAAUAAAAAAGUCAUUGUCAGGAAGACGAGUACAUGGGUAAACAGUAGAUAACAGAUAUUUAAUCAACAUUCAUUGAAUGAAUGUAAGAUGCAUCCACAAAAACAAAAAAAGAAUAUUAUAAAUCUGAGAUUUAUAUUAAUAAAAACUACAUAUUGCUUCCUACUCACUGGUCUAAACACUUCACAGUGAUAUCAAUCAAAAGAAUGUGUUUCACUUUCAAACCCUUGUGUUUACCUCUACAAAGUGUGAUAGGCUAAAUAAUGAUGCUGAAAAAUAUGUUCAAGUCCAGAUGGUAACUACACUUAUCAUGGUGAGCACUGCAUAAUGUACAGAACUGUUGAAUCACUAUAUUGUACACCUAAAACUAAUAUAAUAUGGUAUAUAGAACUACACUUCUAUUAAAAAAAAAUGUCUAGGUCCUAAUCCUCAGAACUUCUGUAUCUAACUUUAUACGGAAAAAAGAGUCUUUACAGAUGUGAUUAAAGAUCUUGAGACAAGGGACAUCUAACUAGAUUAUCUGCAUAGGCCCUAAAUGCAAUCACAUAUAUCUUUAUAAAAGAGAAGUAGAGGGAUAGUAGACAAGACAGAAGAGAAGGCAAUGUAACCCUGGAGGUAGAGACAGGAAUAAUGAGGCCACAAGCCAAGGAAUGACAGCAGCCACCAGAUGCUAGAAGCAAGCAAACAAUGGAUUUUUCCCUAGAAUAUCUGGAGGCAGUGUGGCCCUGCCAAAACUUUGAUUUCAGCCCAGUGAAACUGAUUUUGGCCUCUAGCCUCCAGUAUUGUGAGAGAAUAAACUUCCGUUGUUGUAAACCACCAGGCUGUGGUAAUUUGUUACAGCAGCUCCAGGAAACCUAUAUAUAAGGUAUUUGCCAAAAAUACUCAUGCAAUUUCCAUAAUAUGGAAAGGAAGGCUUUCUUCUAAACUCACAUACUAAAUAUUUUUGCAUGUGUAGUACACAGACAUAUGACUCCAUUGAAAUUGUCUACUAUAUAGAGAAAACUAAAAAUGUAAGUUCCCAACUGAGAGAGGAUAUUCUUACUGCUAUUCCUCCCUAAAAUCAUAUUAUCUAACCUCCAAGACAGCCUAAGUACUUCUCACCCCUUGAAAUUCAUGCUCUGAGGCACUUCUCUCCCACAUGAGUCCAGGUUGCUCUUGAGCAACGAAAUAUGAAGGAAGCAAUGGUGUGUCACCUACAAGUCUAGGUCAUAAGUGGCGCUGCUGCUGAGGCCUUCUUCUCUUGGAUUGCUUGCUCUGGUCACAACCACAGGCCUUUGUUGGAAGAACAAUCAAGUAGUCCUACAGAGAGGACACAGUGGAGAAAAACCAGUUUGCCAGCAUCAACAUGAUAGUCAUUUCAGGAAGCUACCUUCACACUGGAUCCUACAACACCAGGGAAACGUUUAUAUGACGGUAGCCCAGCCAAGACCUGACUGCAACUUCAUGAGAGACUCCAAGUCAGAACUGUCCAACCAUGUUUCUAUGUUUCUUCUGAAUUCCUUUUAUUUUUUUAUUUUUUAAAAAACUUUAUUGUGAUAAGAACACUUAAUAUAAGAUCUACUCCGUUAACACAAUUUUAAGUAUUAAUACAGUAUAAGUAUAGGCACUUUGUUGUACAAUUGAUCUCUAAAAUGUAUUCUGAAAUUUUAUACCCAUUAGUUAGCAAUUUCCUGUUGCCCCCUACCCCAGCCCUUGGCAACCACAAUUCUAUUGUUUGCUUUCAUGAGUUUGAUUAUUUUAGAUAACCUCAUUCAUAUACAUGGAAUCAUGCAGUAUUGUCCUUCUGUGACUGGCUUAUUUCACUUAGCAUAAUGUUCUCCAGGUUCAUGCAUAUUGUUGAAUAUGGCAGGGUUUCCUUCUUUUUAAAGACUCCAUUCUCUGUAUAUAUCACCUUUUUUAUCCAUUCAUAUAUCAGUGGGCAUUUAGAUAGCUUCCACAUUUUAUAUAAUGAACAUAAGAAUACUAACGUCUCUUCCAGAUCCUGAUUUCAAUUCUUUCCACUAAGUCUUUAAUCUAUUUUUGAGUUAAUUUUUGUAUAUGUUGUGAGAUAAGGGUCCAAUUUCAUUAUUUUACAUGUGCGUAUCCAUCCUUCCCACCACCAUUUGUUGAAGAGACCAUCCUUUCCCCAAUGUGUAUUCUUGGCAUCGUUACCAAAGAUCAGUUUACCAUAUAUGUGUGGAUUUAUUUCUAGGCUCUCUAUUCACUGGUCUAUGUGUCUGUCUUCAUAUGAAUAUCAUACUGUUUUAAUAACCAUAUCUUUGUGUAAUAAACUUUGAAAUCAGGA